AUGACCAGAAGAAUUGUUCGGACAAUCUGCCAACUUGGGGCACUCACUGUCUUCUCUCUCAUCGUGGUCUACUUCCUCGACAACCAAUUUCGAGUCCUCCCAUCAGCGAUUCACAACGCUCUGCCUGCCCACCACCCAGGAUUAGUGAUAACAGACAUCACCGUCACGAAAUGUUCGCGGGUCAACGUCUUCAGCUCCUGCCAGCUUGACCCAGAUUUGUGGCACAGGAUAGAGAAGGACUUGUAUUUGGGGAGUGGAUGGGUUAGCAGUGCAUACAUACACAUCAAGCGGAAGAAAGAGGAGGAGUUACAACCAGAUGAUAAGGUUAUCAUCGAUGUUACGAUCGGCCGUCUAGAUCCCAGUACUGGGGUGAAGGGUGAAGGAAACGAGAAGUGGGAAUCUAGACCAGCCGGAUUAUGGUUGAAGCGGUCUGCGAAACGGCAUGCGAGCGAUUCCUCGAAAGCUAUCACCGCGGUGGAUGUCUUGUUCGGUGCAGAUGCUGUUGAUCCAAGAGAUGGCUGGGAAGUAGUUGGUACUGCUCUACUGUUUGACACAGCUGCCGAAGGACACGAGGCGAGAUUGAGCGUGAGGAGAGGAAAGGAGGCAGGACAUGCGAAGCCUGUGCCGAGAGUUAAGGAGAAUGGAAAGUUUAAGAUCAUGCAAGUUGCGGAUCUACAUUUGAGCACUGGAACUGGUGCGUGCAGAGAUGCAAUGCCUGAAGGCUUGAAUGGUGGACAUUGUGAGGCGGAUCCCAGAACAUUGGAAUUUGUGGGAAAGCUACUGGAUCAAGAGAAGCCUGAUCUCGUCGUGCUGAGUGGAGAUCAAGUCAAUGGAGAAACAGCGCCUGAUGCGCAAAGUGCAAUUUUUAAAUAUGCUGAGCUCUUCAUCAAACGUCAAAUCCCAUACGCUACCAUAUUCGGGAACCACGACGAUGAAGGAUCGCUUCCCCGAGCUGGUCAAAUGGCUUUGAUCGAGUCUCUUCCGUACUCCCUCUCCAUUCCUGGCCCCGAGGGUAUCGACGGCGUAGGGAAUUAUUUUGUCGAAGUCCUCGCUCAAGGCAGCUCCAAACACUCAGCACUGACCAUCUACCUCCUUGACACACAUGCAUACUCGCCCGACGAGCAUCUCUACAAAGGCUACGACUGGCUGAAGAAGAGCCAAAUCGACUGGUUCAAGACCACCGCUCAAAGUUUGAAGAAGGAACACGCGGGCUACACACACAUUCACAUGGAUCUAGCAUUCAUCCACAUCCCACUCCCUGAGUACCGCGACGAAGGCCUACCUCGAAUUGGAGAAUGGCGCGAACGUGUCACAGCUCCAGGCUUCAACUCUGGGUUUCGCGACGCAUUAGUAGAAGAAGGGGUCGUGAUGGUAUCCUGCGGGCACGAUCACGCCAAUGAAUAUUGCUCCCUGAGCAGUACUGAGUCUGGUGCUCCUGCAUUAUGGAUGUGCUAUGCUGGCGGGAGUGGAUUUGGAGGGUACGGUGGAUAUGGGGGAUACCACCGCAGGGUGAGGUUCUUUGAGGUUGAUUUGAAUGAGGCAAGGAUCACGACUUAUAAGAGAGUUGAGUACGGAGAGGUGGAGAAGAGGAUUGAUGAGCAGAUUAUUGUUGAAGGUGGUCGGCCAAAGGGGUUGUGAAUAUGGGAGGAGCAUGAUAUGGGUACAAUAUAUUAUGGGGAUGGUGGAGGGUACGGAAUGGCGUUCGGUGCUCGUGGCUUCCUAGUGGCCG